GCCCCCUACGCGCUGCGCAAGCGCGGCCGCGCCCCGCCCCUCGCGUCCCGGACGGGAUAAUGGGGCGGGGGCGGGGAGCAGAGGUGAAGAGGCUAUCCGAGUAUCCAGACUGCGUGUGCGCUAGCCGCCGCCGCUACCGCCCCUGCUGCGUCAGGACUCCUGGGCCGUCCCUCCUCCCCUCUCCGUCUCCCCAUCAUCUCCCCCCGCCCCCGAUCGAGCGGUGACUUAAGCAACGGAGCGCGGAGAAGCCCAUUUUUUUUUCUUUCUCGCAGCGGCGCCGGACAGCCCGCGGCUCGCGGCCCUCACUCCGGCCCGAGAUGAAUGCUGCAGCCGAAGCCGAAUUCAACAUCCUCCUGGCCACAGACUCUUACAAGGUUACUCACUAUAAACAAUACCCUCCCAAUACAAGCAAAGUUUAUUCUUACUUUGAAUGCCGUGAAAAGAAGACUGAAAACUCCAAAAUAAGGAAGGUGAAAUAUGAGGAAACAGUAUUUUAUGGGUUGCAGUACAUUCUUAAUAAGUAUUUAAAAGGUAAAGUAGUGACCAAAGAGAAGAUCCAGGAAGCCAAAGAGGUGUACAAAGAGCAUUUUCAAGAUGAUGUCUUUAAUGAAAAGGGAUGGAACUACAUUCUUGAGAAAUAUGAUGGGCAUCUUCCAAUAGAAGUAAAAGCUGUUCCUGAGGGCUCUGUCAUUCCCAGAGGAAAUGUUCUCUUCACAGUGGAAAACACAGAUCCAGAGUGUUAUUGGCUUACAAAUUGGAUUGAGACCAUUCUUGUUCAGUCCUGGUAUCCAAUCACUGUGGCCACAAAUUCUAGAGAGCAGAAGAAAAUACUGGCCAAAUAUUUGUUAGAAACAUCUGGUAACUUAGAUGGUCUGGAAUACAAGUUGCAUGAUUUUGGCUACAGAGGAGUCUCUUCCCAAGAGACUGCUGGCAUAGGAGCGUCUGCUCAUUUGGUUAACUUCAAAGGAACAGAUACAGUAGCAGGAAUUGCUUUAAUUAAAAAAUACUAUGGAACAAAAGAUCCUGUUCCAGGCUACUCUGUUCCCGCAGCAGAACACAGUACCAUAACAGCUUGGGGGAAAGACCAUGAAAAAGAUGCUUUUGAACAUAUAGUAACACAGUUUUCAUCAGUGCCUGUAUCUGUGGUCAGCGAUAGCUAUGAUAUUUAUAAUGCGUGUGAGAAAAUAUGGGGUGAAGAUCUAAGACAUUUAAUAGUAUCAAGAAGUACAGAAGCACCACUAAUAAUCAGACCCGAUUCUGGAAAUCCUCUUGACACUGUAUUAAAGGUUUUGGAUAUUUUGGGUAAAAAGUUCCCUGUUACUGAGAACUCAAAGGGCUACAAGCUGCUACCACCUUAUCUUCGAGUUAUUCAAGGGGAUGGAGUAGAUAUUAAUACUUUACAAGAGAUUGUAGAAGGCAUGAAACAAAAAAAAUGGAGUAUUGAAAAUGUUUCUUUCGGUUCUGGUGGAGCUUUGCUGCAGAAAUUAACAAGGGACCUCUUGAAUUGUUCCUUCAAAUGUAGUUACGUUAUAACCAAUGGCCUUGGGAUUAAUGUCUUCAAGGACCCAGUUGCUGAUCCCAACAAAAGGUCCAAAAAGGGCCGAUUAUCUUUACAUAGGACACCAGCAGGGAAUUUUGUUACACUAGAGGAAGGAAAAGGAGACCUUGAGGAAUAUGGUCAUGAUCUUCUCCAUACUGUCUUCAAGAAUGGGAAGGUGACAAAAAGCUAUUCAUUUGAUGAAGUAAGAAAAAAUGCAAAGCUGAAUAUUGAACUGGAAGCAACACCUCAUUAGACUUUGUUUUCUGACUGCGUGAGUGUUCUUGCCUGUGUGUGCGAAUGUGUGAUACAUAACACAUUGUACAGAUGUGUGGGGUUUCUUUAUUUUAUGAUACAUUACAGCCAAAUUAUUUGUUGGUUUAUGGACAUACUGCCCUUUAAUUUUUUUCGUUUUUUCCAGUGUUUAGGUGAUCUCAAAUUAGUAAAUGCACUUGACCAUGUAAAAGAUCAAUGCUCAAGUAAGCUUUUUAGGCCCUUUGCCAAUAGAUAGUAAUUUAAUCUGGUAUUGAUCUUUUCUCAAAUAACAGAACUGAGAAACUUUUAUAUAUAACUAAAGAUCACAUAAAACAGAUUUGCAUAAAAUUAUCAUGAUUGCUUUAUGUUUAUAUUUAACUUGUAUUUUUGUACAAACAAGAUUGUGUACGAUAUAUUUAAAGUUUCAGUGAUUUAACACUUUCCAACUUUUCAUGAUUUUUAUGAGCACAGACUUUCAAGAAAAUACUUGAAAAUAAUUUACAUUGCCUUUUGUCCAUUAAUCAGCAAAUAAAACAUGGCCUUAACAAAGUUGUUUGUGUUAUGUACAAUUUGAAAAUUAUGUCGGGACAUACCCUAUAGAAUUACUAAUUUCACUGCCCCUUGUAGAAUAUGUAUUAAUCAUUCUACAUUAAAGAAAAUAAUGGUUCUUACUGGAAUGUCUAGGCACUGUACAGUGAUUAUAUACGUUGGUCAUUGUAUUGUACCAGUGAAAUGCCAAAUCUGAAAGGCCUGUACUGCAGUUUUAUAUGUCAGAUAUUGCCUGUGGCUAUAAUAUUCACCUCAAGAUUUUAAGGAGAUAAUGUUUUUAGAAAGAAUUUCUGCUUCCACUAUAGAAUAUAUACAUAAAUGUAAAAUACUGACAAAAAUGGAAGUAGUGUAUUUUAAAGUAAUUACACGUCUGAGUUUAUUUUUCCUAUUCUAUGGUUAAUAUGACUUAAUACUGGAAUGGGUAGUCAGUGUACUUAUUAUUUUAAAUUUUUUGAUUCUGUUAUAUUUUUCAUUAAGUUUUUUAAAAAAUUAAAUUGAAUAUUAAAUUGUA